AUGGAGCAUGAGCCGCUGCAGCGGGAGGAGAUGGUGACGUCGGACCUCACGGUGAUGGAAGCAGGCGAGCCUUCGCCGGUGCGACAAGAUCCGACAGGCUCUGUCUUCACUCGCGGACGCUUUGUCGGUGUGACGCUCUUUCUGGCUGCCACGCUGGCUCUCAUCGCAGCAGCUGGACAUGUGGGUCCCACUUCGACAUCCGGUGCUUUGCGAACACAGCAGGUGGCUCUUGCGUCAGGACGAGCCUCCGUGAUCAUGAAGGAUGAGGAGGGUUGUCCGGAAGCUCCCAUGAAAGACUUCUACAUGUACCGCACCCAGACGGAUGAGGACUACGAGCCCGUGAAUCAGGACAUGGCCAACAUAGGCGGUGUUCUGUGGUAUUUGCACAAUGAGAUUAUCUGGCACCACUACCUUCGCGUCGGCAGCUUUUCCAGCAUCCCGAAGACACGCAUCGAGCGCUAUCGCGUGAAAACCCGUGCGACCUGCCCGCUCCACCGUCUCGGCAUGAAUUUUGGUGUGGUCAACGCAUACGACCUGGGCAAGUGCACGGGCCCCUUCGGAUGCGAGAACCUUCAUCAUUUCGGCCCGGUGGUCGGUUGCGAGUCCUGGAACAAGGGUGCGGACAACCACUUUCCGCACAAGCAGUGGAUGGGUGUGGUGAAGUAUCCCAAUGCCAUGUGGUACAGCCUGCCGGGUGCGUGCUCUUCUCAGAAGUUUUGGGGCAAGACCCACAAGUGCGAGCGGAAAGAGCCAAGCGGUGCCUGCAAGGAAGGCAACGAGCCCACCGGUGCCUUUGACUGCACCUACACCUACAAGAAGGUCGGUGAGAUCUCCAUCGACGAGCUGGAAGGAAUCCCCAAUUUUGGGGCGCUGAUGAAGUCUGGCGGCUAUGAGUACAGCCGCGCUUCGGACAAGGGCAAGAAGAUGCACUUCUGGGACGACAAGAACUCCACAGAGGCGAACCACAGGCGCAUCAAUCGAGUACUCGACAAGUUUAACGAGAAGUAUCCCGACCAGCCUUUCCUGGAGGAUCCGGUCUGUGACUUCGACGUCAGCAAGUUCUACCCCGACUUCCCGAAGGGUAACCUGGCCUGA